AAAAAAAAAAAAAAAACAUAGAUAGUAAUAGAUACAGUACAAAUAUGAACCACUCAAACCGAUAUACUAUCACUUAAUCUUGACCCAAAUUGAGCUUGAUUUCAACAAUCCAAUUACUUUCUCCACAUAAUUGACUUAGUUAGAACAGAAAACAAAUAAAAUAUUGAAAAUUGUAGUUGAAAACUUGAAGUUGUGCAACCUCAGCUCAAAGUUGUUAACUUUAAAUAGCCCUUCAAUCAGUUAAGAGAAAACUCACCAAGAAACACAACCUAGUUAGAGAGAGAAAGAGAUAGAGAGAGAAAAAUGGGUAAGGGAGGAAACUCUGAAAAAGAUGGAGAGCAGAACAUGGCUGCUUGGUUAACUGGGAUUAAUACUCUCAAAAUUCAACCAUUUCAGCUCCCUCCUCUUGGACCAUAUGAUGUAAGAAUCAAGAUGAAGGCUGUUGGUAUUUGUGGAAGUGAUGUUCACUAUCUCAAGACUUUAAGAUGUGCUGAUUUCAUAGUUAAAGAGCCUAUGGUAAUUGGACAUGAAUGUGCUGGGAUAAUUGAAGAAGUUGGAAGUGAUGUUAAAACAUUGGUGCCCGGCGAUCGAGUGGCUUUGGAGCCUGGGAUCAGUUGUUGGCGUUGUAAUGUCUGCAAAGACGGCCGCUACAAUCUGUGCCCUGAGAUGAAGUUCUUUGCAACUCCUCCUGUUCAUGGCUCUCUUGCAAAUCAGGUGGUACAUCCUGCUGAUUUAUGCUUCAAACUCCCAGAUAAUGUUAGUUUGGAAGAAGGGGCUAUGUGUGAGCCGCUAAGUGUUGGUAUCCAUGCUUGUCGUCGUGCCAAUGUUGGUCCUGAGACCACGGCAUUGAUCAUGGGAGCUGGACCUAUCGGGCUUGUGACAUUGCUAGCAGCUCGUGCUUUUGGAGCUCCAAGAAUAGUCAUAGUGGAUGUAGAUGAAUACCGCUUAUCUGUUGCAAAGAAACUUGGUGCAGAUGAAACUGUCAAGGUUUCAACCAAUAUGCAGGACAUACCAGAAGAAGUUGAGCAGAUUCGUAAAGCUAUGGGGAGAAGCGUAGAUGUGACUUUGGACUGUGCAGGGUUCAACAAGACCUUGUCAACUGCUCUUCGUGCAACAGGUGAAGGUGGUAAAGUGUGCCUAAUUGGGAUGGGCCAUGGUGAGAUGAAUGUUCCUCUCACCGCUGCAGCUGUGAGGGAAGUAGAUGUUGUGGGUGUAUUCCGUUACAAAAAUACUUGGCCUCUAUGCAUUGACUUUCUUACUAGUGGUAAAAUCGAUGUGAAGCCUCUCAUUACUCACAGGUUCGGGUUCUCACAAAAAGAGGUAGAAGAAGCUUUUGAGACCAGUGCCCGCGGUGGUGAUGCGAUUAAGGUUAUGUUUAAUUUAUAAGGAAGUGUGCGAUGAGUAUUGGUUACCAAAAGUUUGCGAAGCUAAGUUUACACAGCAGAGUUCAGAGAUACUUAGACAAUAAAAGCGUAAAAGAUUACUAAUUGCUGCUUUAUAGCUUUCUUAUGCGAGUGUACUUUGUGAACAAUGAAAUUGGAUUUUAUUUAAAAUAAUAAAUUUUUAAUGUGUUGUUCAA